GGAGAGAAGGAAUUCUUACUCUUGACCAGUGUUAACCUGCGUUCUAGAGACAAAAUACGCAAUACCUGGAGUAAAAAAAGAAAUAUUGUCUUAUCUUUUAACUGUGAUUUAUCAUAAGUGAGGCCUACAGUUUGGAAAAAAAACGUAAACAAGGUUUGUUCAUUUCUUAAUCUUUCCGAAAAGGCUUUUCAAAGCUUUAAUAACGGAGAGUCCUGAAGGAAAGACCGGAAAAAAACUGAGGACGACAAUGUUCAGGAACACCAAAAUGAGACUGGGAGGCGUUAACAUCCUUCUCCUCACAAUCGUCAUAUCAUUAAUAGUCCUAUAUCGAUCAACAUCAUAUUGCCUGUGUAAAGUUUCGCCUGUCGAAGAAGCAUUCGGACAACCUAUGAAAAGCCAACCUCGUCCUGAUUCAGGAGAGCAUCGAGUGACAUGUCAUAUCCCCGGCCUCGAAAGUCGGAAGCAGUUUUAUCAGUAUUUUACAGAAAAGGAAUACAAAUGUGAAAAUUUGCGUUGGUUUGGAUCUAGAGAUGGUCGCAAAGCCGUAUGUAUGGACAUGGAAUUCUACUUGGUGCCUCAGGACUGCCAUGUUCUUUCUUUCGGGAUCAAUAAUGAGUGGUCUUUCGACGACAAGUUCGGCGCAAUGGGUUGCAAGGUGUAUUCUUUUGAUCCAACUAUGGGGAAGGCAGACCACCAGAGAUCACAGAAUGUUCAGUUCUUCAGGCUGGGUAUCAGCAAUAUAAAAGGUCAAAGAAAAGUUGGCAUGGGGAGCAGAUUUGAUUUUUUUGAGGUGGAUCGAUAUGUGAACAUAUUGGAACGCUUGGGAUUGACAAACACAACGAUUGAUUACCUCAAGUUGGACGUCGAGUUGUCUGAAUUGGAGUUCUUCCAGGACGUUUUUAGGAACACUCCGCAUCUUUUGAGGAACAUCAAACAGAUUGCAGUGGAGUUACACCAUGGUUACCAUGGCAAAGGCUUGAACAAAACGGAAGAUAUAACCGACGACAGCAGUGACAUGAGUCCUAUCAGUACAUACCAAAUCUUUUGGCAGUACUUCCACGAGCUCAGGUGCCAUGGAUUCAAGCUAUUCCACGCUCGGAGGAACGGCCGAUGGACAGAAGCAGUUUGGGGAAACAUUUAACUUUAUUUCCAAAGUCAAAUAGAGAGAGACAAUAUCCUGCUUAUGAAAAAAUGUACGGACUUGAACUGUGAAACAACAAGUGUUUUUGUCUUAAACUGUGAAACAACAAGUGUUUCUGUAAUAAUCUGAUGCAUAAGUUCUGUUGAAAAGAAUAAAUUACUACAGCACAAUUGCCCAUUAUUACAAUGUUACACUGCGAAACAUUGGCUAAUUAGAAUAUCUUUUUGAUACGAAUGGCAUGUAUCGUUAAGUCAGUCACAGACUUGCUGGAAGGGUUAUUAUAACAUGAAGUAUGUUGAGUAAAAAUUGACAUUUCUUCGUUAUUACUUCUAAAAUUAAUAUUACAUGCUUGCGAUUUUCGUUAAUGAUUUUGUUUUUUUUCUUUUCAUGUCCUAUCAUAUUCGCACAGUUUCGCCUAAUCCUUGAAAUUGCUAAUAAUUGCAUAUUGUUAUGUAAAGUACAUUUGGUGGUCGGUGCAGUGUUAGUAGAGUGGUUCAUCCUAGUAUGUUGGACUCUGUCUAGUAACGAUGCACCUCGUAUUUUUUCCCUUUAUUUUUUUGUAUGUUUACAAAGCAGGUAGUGCACACCUUAAGAUUAGUUUUCUCGUAUGUUCUUAUGAAGCAUUUUAAGUGUUUAUUUCUUGUUUAUUUUUUGUAAUUUGUAAGCAAUGAA